UUCCUUUCUCUCCUUCAUCGUCCAAACGAAGAUCCUCGCUUCUUUCUUUCUUUUGACCAACAACAACGGCAUAUCCCUAAAGGGAUGGAACCUGAGAACACCGGUGGACAUUGGGUGCUGCAGGUUGAUUACAGAUUCCAUGCAAGCAUCAAAUAUGCUGCACUUGUGUUCUCAGGUCACCCCUUUGGGGCAACCCCGUUUUGCUACUGUGAAAUGCAUCUGUACGUAGCAGUGAUCAAAUUCAGCGCUAUUUCCCCUUUUUAUAUUUCAUUCAUUCUUUCGUUUUUAUUUAUUUAUUUAUUUAUUUUUUACAAUUUUCUUGUUUAAUUACAUGGCAACAAUUCAACCUGCAGAUGAUGACUUUCUAAGUCUCAGUUUAAUUUCAUCCCAACUUUGAAGAUUUGUUCGCAAAAUGAUUUCUCCUCAUGACUAGUUUUGGAUCUAUUGUUUGUAUUUAUUCUCGUAAAAAGUGUUGAGAAUUGUACGCACAUUCUUCAUCCUUGGUUUGGUCAAGUGAGUCUCACAAGAUGACUCUUUGAUGUGAUAAUUAAAAACAAAGGUGUGAAAGAACUUGUUUAUGACGCAAUAAUGACAAUCACACUACCAUAUUAUUUACUAUUAUUAUGGACGACCCCCCCCAAAAAAAAAACACACACACACACACACAGAGACGGACUGCCAUAUGAUCUGUAAUUGCCAAAGUACUCUUCUACCCUUUCUUCUUUGGCAGACUACCAAUAUGCCCUUUCUUCCUUGAACGGAUUCCGGCCUUUAGGACUGACCGACUGCAAAAACCCUACGUUUACUACCGGACCGGACUGAGAUUCGGAACUCGAAUAGUAUAGCAAAAUAGCACUGGGCAUAUGGAGAUGGAAAUCGACAAUCCAAAGCCCAAUUGCAAAGCUAACAACACCCAAAUCAAAGACGAAGACCUCUUCAAAGCCGCUGAGAACGGCGACGUUUCGGUCUUCGAAUCCCUCUCCGACGGACAGCUCCUCAAAGCCCUCUCUCUCCGCAACGAAGAUGGCCGUUCUCUCCUUCACGUUGCCGUCUCCUUUGCCCAAACCCAGGUGGUGAAGAUUCUAUCAGCAGCAGAACCGUCUGUAAGUGGUGUAAAUAGUACCGAUGAGGAAGGCUGGGCUCCUCUCCAUUCUGCAGCAAGCAGCGGGAGUGUCGAGAUUGUGGAGAUUUUGCUGAGCAGAGGAGCUGAUGUUAAUCAGAAGAAUGAUGGUGGUCGCACAGCUCUCCACUAUGCUGCUAGCAAGGGUCGGUUUAAAAUAGCUGAACUUUUACUCUCUCAUGGUGCAAAGCUCAACGCGAAGGACAAGGUUGGUUGUACCCCAUUACAUCGUGCAGCCAGCACAGGGUACUCAGAAGUAUCUGAACUCUUAAUUGAGGAAGGAGCUGAGGUCGAUGAUGUUGAUAAGGCGGGUCAAACUCCUCUUAUGAAUGCAGUGAUAUGCGGCAACAGAGAAGCUGCUCUCCUACUAAUAAGACACGGAGCAAAUGUAGAUGUUGAGGACAAUGAAGGAUACACUGUACUCGGUCGAGCUUCUGAUGAUCUUCGACCAGCACUAGUUGAUGCGGCUAAGGCCAUGCUGGAAGAAUAGAUAGAUUAUACAGAGGAAACGAAAUUUCUUUAAAUGGCUGGGGCUAAUUUGAUGCAUUUGGGGUAACACACUAGGAUCUAUGCCAGUGAAAGUUUAAGGGGUAGAACGGCACUACUCUAGCUAUGUUUUGUUUUUCUUUUCGGGUUCAUCUGUUGGAUCAUCAAGUCAACUGGAAGGCCCAGAAUUUUGAUCAGUUUCAUUUAAAUUGCAUAUUUUUCUCAGUUUGUUUGAUUCCUGGAUUUGGGAUUGUAACGCUUGAGCAUUUUGCCCCUCCCAACUUUUUGCAUUAGCAGAUGGGGAUAAGAUGUUGGAGGACUCGAUCGCCUUACGGUCUUAGUGCAGUGUUUUAAAGUCCUUAACUGUGAUAGGAUCUCUCUUAGAUGGAAAGAAUUCGAUGGCAUAUGAGAAUUUAUUUAUUCGGGCCCCAA